UCCACUAGGCACACAACACAAGAUCCUAAAGCAUCCCUGCCAUAGGCCUAUUUUCUAAUUUGUGAUUAUUGUAGACAAUGGAAUACUGCUUGCAAUUGUGUCGGGUGUUAAUGUUUGCAUUAGCCCUGGCCAUGGUAGUUGCUGUUGCACCUGAUCGAACCCUUUCUGAAGUCACACCUUCUUCACUGAACCAAGCAGCCCUUUCUGGCUGCAAAUCCUCUUGUGGAGAUGUCGAAAUUUCAUAUCCAUUCGGUAUAGGAUACUCAUCUUUACCAGAUCACAAGCCCUGUUUCUUGCAGUCAAAGUUUGAACUUACUUGCAACGACAGCUCCAAAAAAUUACUUUGGGCUAACUUGGAAGUUUCAAAUAUAAAUGUCACAAGUCAUCAGAUGGUGGUAUCCUUUUUCGUCUCAGAGUUUUGCAGUAAAGAAAAAGCCUUUAAUAAGCCCUGGAUUAAAACAGGCAGGUUCAGCAUUUCAAGAAAGGAAAACAAGUUCCUCACUGUAGGCUGCGAUAGUUAUGGCUAUCUCAAUAGUUACUUCGAUGGGGAUUUGUAUUCAACAGGGUGCUUAACGAGAUGUUAUGGCAAUAACAACUUGAUUGAUAAUGAAACUUGUUGGGGUAUAGGGUGUUGCCAGGUAGAUAUUCCUCCUCUAAUGAGGAAUAUCACUGUAGAAGCAUCUUCUUUCGUCCAAUCAGGGACGGAUAGUAGUGGUGUAAAUGCCUCAUCAACUACCUUCUUCAAUUCAACAUGCAGUUAUUCCUUUGUUGUCAGAAAUGGGUUUUAUAAAUUUUCUACUACUCAUUUACAAAGUUUCCCAAACAAGACGCUCCCCAUGGUUAUUGAUUGGACUGCGGGAGACAAAAGCUGUAAGGAUUCCAUGGGUAGAGGCGACUACGCGUGCAAGGCGAAUAGCUAUUGCGACGACGGCGACACUGAUUAUGGUUACCGAUGCAGAUGUAAAGAUGGCUAUGAAGGAAAUUCAUAUCUUGGCUGCACAGAAAUUUUGGAAUGUACGACCAGGAGACACAAUUGUUCAAGGGAAGAUUAUUGUCGCGAAGUCCGUGGGUCUUUCGAAUGUUUCUGCCCCGAUGGACUAAUCGGAAAUGGAACAAUAGAAGGUGGAGGAUGCCAACCAAAGCAGCGAUAUAAUGUAUUUACCAAGGUUGCCAUUGGUGUAGGUGUAGGAUUACUUGGUCUAUUUAUGGGGACUUCUUGGCUAUACUUGAUAUACCAGAAAAGGAAAGUCCUCAAAUUAAAGGAGAAGUUCUUUCAGCAAAAUGGUGGUAUGAUUCUAAAACAGCAACUCUCAGCAAGAGAAGACUCGACGCAGUCCGCCACAAUUUUCACUGCAGAGCAACUUAAGAAAGCCACCAACAAUUUUGAUGAGAGUUUAAUCAUCGGUAAAGGGGGUUAUGGUACAGUUUUCAAAGGAGUUCUCUCAAAUAACACUAUUGUUGCUAUCAAAAAGUCCAAAACUGUGGAUCAGAGCCAGGUGGAGCAAUUCAUUAAUGAGGUCAUUGUACUAUCACAAAUUAAUCACAGGAAUGUGGUCAAGCUCCUGGGUUGUUGUUUAGAGACGGAAGUUCCUUUACUGGUUUAUGAAUUUGUUAGCAACGGUACCCUUUUUCAUUAUUUGCAUAAUGAAGGCCAAUUAGCCAAUGUGUGUUGGAAAACACGUCUAAGGAUAGCAACAGAGGCAGCUGGAGCUCUGUCAUAUCUACACUCAGAGGCCUCCAUACCCAUCAUCCAUAGAGAUGUCAAGACUGCUAACAUCCUCUUGGAUGAUGCUUGCACUGCCAAAGUUUCUGAUUUUGGUGCUUCAAGAUUGAUUCCACUUGAUCAAACUGAAUUAGCCACAAUAGUGCAAGGAACCAUCGGGUAUUUAGACCCAGAGUACAUGCAAACAAGCCAAUUGACUGAAAAAAGUGAUGUUUAUAGCUUUGGGGUGGUGCUUGUGGAACUGCUAACAGGGGAGAAACCUUUCUCUUUUGACAAGCCAGAAGAUAAACGAAGUCUUACAGUUCACUUUCUAUGUUGCUUGAAAGAGGAUCGCUUGUUUGAUGUUCUUCAAAUUGGUAUUUAUGAUGAAGAAAAUAAACAGGAGAUCAUGGAAGUUGCUAUUCUUGCGGCCAAGUGCUUGAGACUUAGAGGGGAGGAAAGGCCUGGUAUGAAGGAAGUGGCAAUGGAGUUGGAAGGAAUACGACUAAUGGAGAAACAACCAAGGACCAAUGCAGGCCAAAAUUUUGAGGAGACUCAGUACUUGCUUCAUGGGGCAUAUAGCACUCAUGAAAAUGGUGAUAGUAGUGGCCAACAAAAUACUGGAUAUGACAGCUUGAGAGAUAUUGAAUUAAUUGACUUCGGUGAUGGAAGAUGAUUAACAUACGCAGCACAACAAUAUGCAUUACCACUUUAGUUUAUUUCAAUGUACAACAUAUUUCUAUUUUCAUUUCAUGUUGUUGGCAUGGAUACAAUUCGAUCAAAGAAUUCAGUUUCUGAUAUUUCCAAUAACAUAUUUCUACUUAUUGCUUCAAAUUAUUUGUUGAGACCACUUUGCUGACU